GAGCCACACACUCCUCGGCUUACGACUCCGCAAUCUGUAGAUGUUCGCCAAUUUACGCGCCUUUGACGAAUCGUCGUACUCCGUGUGAAUCAGCAUUAAGUUGGCGCGUUUUUAUUGCUCCGACUACGGGCAGAAAAAAAGGAGAUGAAAAGUGUCUCAUCACGGGGCAAGUGAAAUCACCAACUUUGACUAAUGAAUAAAAGUAGACAGUGCAAAAAGACGAAUUUGUGUGAGCGCCAAAGACAAGACAGUCAAAGGAAAAGUUCCAAGGAGGCGUAAAUCGUUGCCAGGAUGCUGUUAGCUCCAAUCAGCUGGCUCUGGUUCUUGAUGGCCUACUACGGCCUGCCUGGCGCCCAGGCGCGGAUUGGCUACUUCUGGCACAUCAGUGACCUCCACCUGGACACGCUCUACUCCACGCAGGGCGACAUCUACCGGAGCUGCUGGGAGUUGGCACGAUCGGUUUCCGGCUCCAAUGCCAAUAGUGCGGCAUCGGAUCCACCGGGUCCCUUUGGACACUACAACUGCGACAGUCCGUGGAGUCUGAUAGAAUCGGCGGUGAAGACGAUGAAGGCCAAGCAGGGCGACAAUGUGGAGUUCGUCCUGUGGACAGGAGACGCCCUUUCCCAUUCCGCACAGCCGCUCUCCGAGCAGAAACAGCACGAGAUCCUGCGGAAUAUCACAGAGCUGCUGGGACGCAGCUUCUCCUCGCAGUUCAUAUUUCCCGUUUUGGGACACGAGGAUGGCAGUGGCAGCUAUCGCAGAUUGGGCGAACUGUGGCGCCACUGGCUGCCCUCCGAGGCCCUGGUGACCUUCGAUCAGGGCGGCUACUACUCCAUCGAGCAGACCAAGAGUCGACUGCGCAUUGUGGCAUUAAAUACGAAUUUCAUGCGACUUGAUCCCGAUCCGGAUCCAAGGGCAUCGCUAAGUUUGCGAUGGCCGGCGGAGUAUUUUGCCGAACCAAAGGCAUCCGUGAGCUCAAUUUCUGCAGAGGAUGAGCUGCUGGCGGAGCAACAGUGGCUCUGGCUGGAGGAGGUGCUCACCAAGUCGAGAGAGAAACAGGAAACGGUAUAUAUCGUGGGACACAUGCCACCGGGUGUGGAUGAACGUCACCUGGGCACGCAGCACAACCAGUUGACUUUCACGGAGCGCAACAACCAGCGCUACCUGGACAUGGUGCGUCGCUUUGCGCCGGUCAUCCAGGGUCAGUUCUUCGGCCACCUUCACUCGGACACCUUUCGUCUGUUCUACGAUGCCAAAGGCAAUCCCAUUUCGUGGCUGAUGAUUGCCCCAUCGAUUGUGCCCCGCAAGGCGGGCAUCGGCUCAUCGAAUAAUCCCGCCCUGCGGCUCUACAAGUUCGACACGGGCAGCGGCCAGGUGCUGGACUACACGCAGUUCUGGCUGGACCUACCACUGGCCAACCGGGCCAACGAGCCCACCUGGCAGCCGGAGUACAACCUGACGCACUACUACGCCCUGCCGGAGAUCUCCGCCGGAGCACUGCACAAUUUCGCCGAACGUUUCACGGGCACCGACCUCUCCUGGUUCACCAGAUACCACCGAGCCAACGCCGUGCGAUAUCAUUCGGGUUCGGCCUGCCCAGGACUCUGUAUGCUCAAUCAUUACUGCGCCAUCACGCGCCUGGACUACGAUGAGUUCCGGCUCUGCCUGGAGAAGGAGCAGCUGGCGCUGCAAGGACACGCCCCCGCCGCCCUAAUGCCCACAUCCUGGAGCUGGCUGCUCGGCGUGCUCGCCGUUUUUUAUGGCCUCCACGAGGGACGGCGGUGGUCAGGGGGAUGCAACAAUUGCCACAUCCAGCGAAUUUAAGCGUUCCCGCUUAAGCGGAACCAUAUCAAUGUGGGGCAAGACCCCAGGAUGCGGAGGCACUCAGAAAAAAGAUGGCAGCAAAUUAUGAGGGAAUCUUAUAAAUUCCCUUUAGCUCAAUGGUGGGAUAAAACGGAGAAGGUCCUUUCAAAAUGUGAUGUUGCAUUGGUUCAUUGUUACUUAUUCCUAAUUCGUAGUCAGUUUAAUUGUGAGAUGUUUAAGUUUAGAAAACAGGGUAAUUGUUGCUAGAAAUUAUUAUAUUAUAUUAUUAUUAUAUUAUUAUUAUAUUAUAUUAAUUGACCAUUAAAUUUAGUUUUAAAUUAAGCAGCAAAUAGGAUUUCAGUGGCACAUGCCACCUAAAAUGGGCGUUUUUUCUCUGAGUGCCCCGAUGCGGAAAUAGAUAGUAAUGGAUAUACGUAGGAAUGGGUGAGCUAACAAAAGAAAGAGAGGCAGAUAGCAAGGACGAGGACGAAGGAUAACUUGGCUGAGCAAUUCCUAUAUACAAGUAUAGCGCUAAUUUACUCUCAAUUAUGCUGCAUAUGAGCCAGUAUGCGUGCCAUAUCGUUUGUGUGUGUGAUAUGAUUACAAAGAAUCGUCUCUGCAUGUGUAUUCGCGGAUAUAUAUGCCUAUAUGUGUAUGUAUAUGUGUAUUGUAUGGACUUGGAUAUAUAUGUAUGUAUAUGGAUAUGCAUAUGUAUAUGUAUAUGUUUAUCUGGAUGUACUU